CAUUAGUCUGUUCUCUGUUGGUGUUUUGUGUUUUUGUUGUCUCUUGUCUCCUUGUCUGUGGGUCAAGAGAAACGGUGGUGCUACAUCAGAUUCUUUUUGUCUUGAUCUAUGGAUGGGUGAAAAUAGUGAUAUCAUAAUAAGUUAUAUGUUUUGCUGGCCUAGACAUCAAAGAACGUGAUGAUUGAAUAAUAAAUUUGUAUCUGUAGGACAAAUCCUUAUUAAUGAUGUCUUUCCAACAGCAGGGUUACUUUGGAGACAUCGUACAUUUGAAUGUUGGUGGAAAGCAAUUCUCAACAUCAAAGCAGACCUUAACAUCAAUCCCUGAUACGUUUUUCACUGCACUGCUUAGUGGUAGAAUAUCAAGCCUAAGGGAUGAGAAAGGUGCUAUUUUCAUUGAUCGUGAUCCAAAAAUUUUCUCAAUAAUUCUCAAUUAUUUGCGUACAAGAGAAAUUGAACUGAAUGGUAUUGAUAUAAGAACUCUGAGGCAUGAGGCUGAAUACUACAAUAUAGCACCUUUAGUGAAGAGGUUGAUGUUAUGUGAAGAUCUAACACAGUCAACAUGUGGUGAUGUGCUAUUUUAUGGGUCUCUACCACCACCUGUGAUCCCCAUCCAAGACAUAGGCAAUAAUGGGAGCAUUCAGCCUCCUUUUGUGGAGCCAGCUGCAGUGCACCGACCAGGUUCUAGCGUUAGGGUGCCUGAAGAUAAACCAUCUACCAGUAACUCUGGUACUGGUGAUAACUGUGAUAAUUCUGGGAAUCAGGCCCAGCUGCAAGCUGGCAAUGGGGGAGCUAUAGUGCAGAAUAGGCAAGAGUUGAGAUUAGGCAUGCUCACAAACUAUAGUAGAAGUUCCCAGGAUCUACGUGGCCUUGCUAGCAGAGGUCAUUCCAGAGCAGCAUCUUUAGACCUUCGACAUGCCAGAAAUUCAUCUGCAGAUCUCAAUAAACUUAUCAGGAACGAUGUUGGUUUAGUUUUUGGAAUGACAGGACUAGGCUGGGCAGACCCAUUAAGGGUACAAAUAAUUAAAGCGCAUCAUAACUGGAUAGUUGUCGCUUAUGCACACUUUGUUGUGUGCUACAGACUGAAAGACUCAAGUGGGUGGCAACAGGUUUUCGUCAGCCCUUACAUUGAAAAUGUGAUAGAACGUAUAGCUAUAAAUGCCAAGAUGGGAUCUACAGAAACUUCAAAGAUGGUGGCCAUCUCCUAUGGAAGUCAAGUUAGGUUGUGGGGGAUUUCAGAUGCUGGAUCCAGAACUAACAUUGGUACAUUUAAUCUGCAUGUUCGCGUGGAAUACCUAUUUUUCAUCGGGAGUCAACUGGUAGCACUAUCACCUUCUGGAAAAUUGGGCGUAUGGCAUGCCAUGACGCAACAUUGGCAAACUCAAGAUGUCAUGCCCAUUGCUUCAUUUGAUACUGCUGGAUCUAUACUUUUGCUGGGUUGCAACAACGGAUGUAUCUAUUAUAUAGAUAUGCAGAAGUUUCCGCUAAGGAUGAAAGACAACGAUCUACUAGUAACAGAAUUAUAUCGUGAUCCAAACAACGACCCUGUUACAGCGAUUUCAGUGUAUCUGACCCCCAAGACAAAUCUAUGCGGCAAUUGGAUAGAAAUUGCCUAUGGUACUACUUCUGGCGCCGUUAGAGUGAUUGUCCAACAUCCUGAAACUGUGGGUCAUGGUCCGCAGCUGUUUCAGACGUUCACUGUUCAUCAGAGUAGGGUGACCAAGGUGACUCUGUCUGAGAAAUAUCUCGUGUCUGUAUGCAGUGAGUAUAACCACGUGCGAAGUUGGAGAGUGACCAGAUUCAGAGGCAUGCUGUCGACGCAACCAGGCAGCGCGCCUGAGGCCUCAUUCAAAAUUGUAGCUCUGGAAGCAGCUACAGCUAGCAACAUAGCUGGAAAUAUUGGUGGAUUAGGAGCCUCCGGUGCUAGCUUAGGACAUUCAGAGGCAGUAGGACAUCUACGAGAAGCUGCUUGUGCUGCCGCUUCGGAAUGUGGACCAUUCGGAGAACAAGACGACGAACAGGUCUUUGUGCAAAAGGUGGUGCCUGAUGCUGAUCAGUUGUUUGUUAGAUUGGCCAGCAACGGCAAAAGGGUAUGCGUCAUAAAAGCGGUGGAUGGCAGUACUGUGAGCGCGUUCUGUGUCCACGAAUGCGAAGGUUCCAGUAGGAUGGGUUCCAGACCAAGACGUUUCAUAUUCACUGGCCACUCAAAUGGUUCCAUUCAAAUGUGGGAUUUGACAACGGCACUUGAUCUCUCUUAUAAGACUGAUGCGGAUAGAAGCACCAUGGGUGGUCCAACAUCAGAAGAACUGCUUCGUAUGCUGGAUCAAGUUGAAAUAAGCAGCAGUUUGAGCUCAACACCGUGUAUGUCACCGUCUCCUUUGCUAGCUGCAGUUCAAGCCUCGGCAGCAAGGCUCAAAUCUAGCAAUGUGGCGUUUUUGAAUCAGCUCCACCAGCAAGACGCUAGUGAUAGGUCAUCAGGGUCUAACUAGAUUAGAUUAGAUAGAUUAUUAUUUAUAACUUUGCCAAUCAUAUCACUGAUUCUUUUUUCUCUAAAUAUGCUUCUUAUGAACCUAUGAACGAAUCAUAUCAAUUUGAUGAACAAAUUCCAAAAAUUCUAUAAUGGAUGAAAAUUUGGAUUCAGGUAACUGAAAUAGCCUUUUUGAAAAACUUUUCGAUUUUUUGAUGGACCUGUGAAUAUUAUAUAUAGAAAAAUGUCAAGACAUUUUUGUAACUUGAACAAUGAGCUACAAAAGCUGUUACUGUGAUAUUUCCAUAUCUACAUUCGCUUAUCAAAGAGUCAAUUUUCUUCAUACAUACCUAAAUGCGCAUAGCCGAGUACAAACAAGCGUUGUGCUUGUUACGGAAAAUGACCGUUUUGUUUUUUUAGAUCAUUUGAAAUAGUUUUGCCACGAGAUUAACGAUUCCGCUUUUCAGGUCUCAACUCAUGGGUUGUAUAAAUAAUAUUAUUUCCAGGAAAAUCUCGUUUCUGGGCAAUUUUGAAUCGCUAAAACCUACUCAAACGUAAAAUCAAAAAAUACUACAAAUAUCUUAGGCCCGUAUCGUCAGUCGUCCCUACAAUUGUAGGGCGCCUUUAUGGCCUCCUCGAUUGUCAUAGUUUUCUACUUCUCCGUGUCAGCGCUCUAUUUUGAAGUUAUGUCACAAACAUCUAUUUGCAUCAAAUUGUGCUUGCUUUUGAGUUAUAUCAUGUUUUAUCAGCUUGAAAUUUCCUACAAUUUAAAAAGAAAACAUAUCUUCACAAUAGGAGAGCGCUGACGCUGACACGGGACGGGUGCAAUCUAGAAAUUUUUGAAGGAGAGAAAGGAGUAUGACAAUCAAGGAGGCCAUAAACGCGCUCUACAAUUGUAGGGACGACUGACGAUACGGGCCUAAAUCCUCAAAUUCUUGCGAAAUUAUUGUCCAGUAGCUGGGCACGCAACAAUGUUACUAUGAGCGGUAGAAGUACGCUGUUAUUUUGACGUUGCAUACAUGCCAUUUGACCAUAGUAUAUACAGGGUGACAGGUAAAUAGGUGUAAAACAUUUUAGGAGGUGAUAGUACAGCCCCUUUGCUAUCGAAAUUAGUAUAUAAUACCAUAAUACCCUAUAUUCAAAGGUUGAAAAGUUAUUGAAGAUUUAAGAUUUUUUUAAAAACAAUCCAUAUUUCAGAGUAAAAAAGUCGAGAGAGAAAAAAGUUGGCGAUUAAACAUUUGUUUUUUGUGGUUUUGGGUUAUUAUUUCAAUAAUUAACUAUUAUAAAUUAAAAAAGAUUCGAAAACAAUACCAAACAACGUAUUUAUUUUCAUUAAAAAAUGUU